CCCUCGUGAUCAGAGCAAUCAGAGGAGCAGAGAGCAAAGCGAGAAAGCCUCUUCCCGAGAAUGCCGAAGCAGAGCAGCAGCGGCACCAGCACCGGCAAUGGCGCCUUCGAGGUCACCAAGGUCUCCAAUCUCAACUGCAUCGAUCUCUCCUCCUCCGAUAUUCAGCGCUCCGUCUCCCUCCUCAAGCAGGCGUGCUUGGAUUGCGGGUUCUUCUACGUGAUCAACCACGGGAUAAGCGAGGAGUUCAUGGAGGAGGUGUUCGAUCAGAGCAAGCGGUUCUUCACCCUGCCGCUGAGCGAGAAGAUGAAGCUCCUCAGGAACGAGAAGCACCGCGGCUACACCCCUCUCCUCGACGAGCUCCUCGAUCCUAAUAAUCAAGUGCAUGUAGGAGACUACAAGGAGGGAUACUAUAUUGGUGUUGAAGUUCCCGUAGAUGAUCCUGAAGCCGAGAAGCCAUUUUACGGGCCAAAUGUUUGGCCAACUACUGAUAUAUUGCCCGGAUGGAGAGACACUAUGGAGAAGUAUCACCAGAAAGCAUUAGAGGCAGCUAGAUCAGUGGCGCGGAUCAUAGCGCUUGCUCUAGAUCUGGAAAUUGACUUUUUUGAUAAGCCAGAAAUGCUUGGACAGCCCAUUGCUACAUUGCGCCUACUACACUAUGGAGGUGAUAUCUCUAAUCCCUCCGUAGGAAUAUUUGGAGCAGGAGCACAUUCUGACUAUGGUUUAAUUACUCUGCUGGCAACAGAUAAUGUGUUAGGUCUACAAAUUUGCAAGGAUAAAGAUGCUAAACCUCAAGUCUGGGAAUAUGUGCCACCAAUAAAAGGAGCUUUCAUAGUCAAUCUUGGCGAUAUGCUAGAGCGCUGGAGCAACUGUAUCUUCAAGUCAACGUUGCACAGAGUUCUGGGAAAUGGCCAAGAAAGAUACUCUAUUGCAUACUUUGUGGAGCCCAGUCAUGAUUGCCUGGUGGAAUGCUUGCCAACCUGCAAGUCAGAGGAAAAUCCUCCCAAGUUUCCUCCCAUUAAAUGUGCUGCCUACCUGAGCCAAAGGUACAAGGAUACUCAUGCCGAUCUCAAACUCUACAAAGCCGAGCGAACUUAGUCAUUCGGUUGGAAAGCUGAUCUCAAGUGGAUGAUAGUUGAUUAAUCAUGGUGAUCGAAAAUAUAGGGAAUAUAAAGGAUCAUCACUAAUUCCAGUUGUUAAGAGGCAGUUGUAGUAUUGUUAUUUAUUGGGGUUGAUGAUUCUCACUCCCUUGUAACAAUUAUCGUAACAAUUAUCCAACGAGUUUAUCUUUUCUUCUUAAA